AUGGCUACUCGACGAAAUCAUUGGGAGCAUUGGGGAUCGGUGCCUGGCGAAAUCCGUAUGCAGUUCCAAACGGUGCCCUGCGCGGGGCCCACGCUUACCAAGUACUGCCUUUGCUUUUUGUUGCGCUCCUUUAAUUUGUGCAGCCUUUUUCACGCUUUCCACGUCGCUGUCGCCUAUCACCGCCGGAGCCAAGCCAAACGCUUGCCAGAAGUCAACUCCAAAAUAGGCCUCCUGCUCCAGACGCCGUGCGGACUACGGACAGGUAUUUCUGGACAGGCACGUCCAACGCCUCGACCAGCUCCCUGUAACCUUUGCCCAGCAGGCUGGCAGGCUCGCUCCCGUGUCCAACAAACCAGUCAGCUGCUUGGUCAGGACUCGGACUUCGGCGUAUGGCCUGGGAUCUUGCGUCGAACAGCGCUUCACAGCGGCAACUACUUCCCGUCGUCUGGCCUGACGUUUUCGGAACCGAUCUCUGGCCUUCUGAACUUUCCUAGACACCAACAUUUACUCCUUCGCGGGGCUCUUGUCUGGACGUAUCCUUCCCGCCCUCGGAUCGCCAAGCCGACCGUUUUCCGCGCAAUCCGGACAUUUCGGAGACACGGUAGCUGGCCUUCCACAUCGGUAGCAGAACAGGCGCCGUUCUGUUGCCGCACAGUCCCGGAACCCGUGGUCUACGGUUCCGCAAUUCCAGCAGCCCGCUCGGAACGGAUUCCUGGUCUUGGCCCGCAGGUCAUCCACCUCCAGCCCAUCCGUAUCCUCCUCCGCUUGCGAAAGCACGGCCUCGUUCACUCUGGGUUUUUCGCCGGAACCAAAGCGCGGUUGCUGCCCGUACGUGGCGAGUCCCUGUCGUCCGAAGUUGUGUUCGACUUCGAUGCACUCGUCCCGCAGCUCGUCCACCGCGAGAGGCCAGCUGCUGCUCCCGCUGCAGGAGUUCGUGCAUCUUCUCAUGCCCGGUUUGGCGACCUCGGAACCGGUCCAUCAGUGAGGCACGAAACUGGGACCACCGAUCCACCCUGCUAUGCCGGACUUGGACCCAGUUCCCACGUGAAAGUGCCUGAGCACCUCUGCCCACGAGCAUUGGUACUGCCUCUGCAGGAACUCCACUCGGAGGACGAAGUCCUCCACCGAGUUGCGGUAGUCCUCGCCGUCGAAGGACACUCCCCAUCGAACUAUCCGGACCUUCUGGCUGCCAAAGUCCUGCCCCACGUUGGCAUAUAUAUGCGGUUCCUGGCGGCAAUCGACAGCUCGGCGGUCCUCGAUGUGCUGGCUCUGCGUACCGGCGGCGUUUCGCCAAGGUAGCCG